AUGGGGCACUACUCUUCUUCCUCCAUGAACCCUAUCACCAGAAUAACAAGAUCUCCAUUCCUUCUAGUCAUCGUCUCCCUCACCUGUUUCUUUCUCCUUUUUUACAUCUUCACCACUUCUCCCUCUUCCCCCACUAAACCCAACUUCUUACGUACUUCCAAUACAAAUCAACCGCAUCUUAACCCUAAUGUUCAUUAUUCUUUCGUCGAUUCACUUGAACUAUUCUUGAAAAAGUGGAGCAUUUCGGGAUCUCGUCAUCUUCCCGAAGAUACAGUCAGUGAUCCGGAGACUGAAGAACAGCAGCAAGUGAGGAAACUAGAUGAUCUCAUCUGGAAAACAGAGACGGCUAGGCUUUACGAUGAUGAACAAAGUUCAUUCUUUUCUCCGCCUGUUAGGGUUUAUGUUUACGAGAUGCCAGCCAAAUUCACUUAUGAUAUGCUUCAGUUAUUCCAAAGUACUUACAAAGAAACCUUCAAUCUCACCUCUAACGGAAGCCCUGUUCACCGGCUUAUCGAACAGCACUCAAUUGACUACUGGCUGUGGGCGGAUUUGAUUGCUCCAGAAUCCGAAAGGCUUUUGAAAAGCGUUGUAAGAGUUCAUCGGAAGGAGGAUGCUGAUCUUUUCUAUGUUCCAUUUUUCACAACUAUCAGCUUCUUCUUGUUGGAGAAACAACAUUGCAAGACGCUUUACAGGGAAGCUUUGAAGUGGGUUACUGAUCAGCCUGCAUGGAAACGAUCAGAAGGAAGAGAUCACAUAUUUCCAAUUCAUCAUCCAUGGUCCUUCAAAUCUGUUCGCAAAUUUGUGAAGAAUGCAAUAUGGCUUUUACCAGAUAUGGAUUCCACAGGGAACUGGUACAAACCUGGCCAAGUUUCACUUGAGAAAGAUUUGAUACUUCCAUAUGUUCCCAAUCUUGAUUUAUGUGAUGCCAAAUGCUUAUCAGAAAGUGCACCAAGAAGAAGUACACUGCUAUACUUUCGUGGGCGGCUUAAAAGAAACGCUGGAGGGAAAAUAAGGUCAAAACUUGGGUCAGAACUUGGUGGUGCUGAUGAUGUUAUUAUUGAAGAGGGAAGUGCUGGGGAGGCAGGGAAAAUAGCAGCACAGAGUGGCAUGCGCAAGUCUGUGUUCUGUUUGAGUCCAGCUGGCGAUACUCCAUCAUCUGCUAGAUUGUUUGAUGCGAUUGUGAGUGGGUGCAUACCUGUUAUAGUUAGUGAUGAGUUGGAGCUUCCUUUUGAAGGAAUACUUGAUUAUCGCAAGAUGUCUAUAUUUGUUUCUUCAAGUGAUGCUGUGCAGCCAGGCUGGCUUUUGGCUUACCUGAGAAGUAUUAAACCUACUCAGAUAAAAGAAAUGCAAUAUAACUUGGCUAAGUAUACAAGGCAUUUCUUGUACUCCCAUCCCGCUCAACCUUUGGGACCAGAGGACUUGGUUUGGAGAAUGAUGGCUGGUAAACUAGCAAACAUCAAGCUUCACUCAAGAAGAUCACAACGUCUUGUUAAAGACUCAAGAAGCAUCUGCAUGUGUGAUUGCAAGCGUCCAAACGUUACUGUUACUGUUACUGUUACUACCCCACUGCCCCCCUGAUGGGCUUGUCUUCCAUUGUUGUUCCCAUUUCUAAACACCAAAAGGAACCAUUUCCAAUAUUGUUUUAUUAUUAUUUUUUUUAAAGCAUAGGACUAUAGGUAACAUGUAUGUAAAAG